UUUUCCAUGUUUUUACCAAUUUUAAGCAAACUUGUGCCACAAAUUAUCCCAUUUAAUAUAUAUUUUUCUGCUUUAGUGCUGAUGUGCAUGCCACGUCGGCUGGUUUAUUUUACUCUGUUUUUUUUCUGGUUUGCUCUCCAUUUGGCAGGGGUUGAGUCCUACUCCCUCCGUCCCGUUCAGAUUUACGGGGUCUGCUGCUCGGAGUUGAUGUUCUUCGAGUCUCCCAGAGUGGCACCUUUGGCACCAGCGGUCGAGACUUCUUUCCCAGGGGUGGUGAAGGUAGUUCAUGGACCAUUGACCGAGGCGCAAAUUAUUCAGCAGCUGCGGGAACUCGCCCCGGUUUGAUGAGUGGAAAAAGAAGGAGCCGCAGGGCAUAUGCCGUUGAGGCAGAUUUGGGUUCGUUUCUCCGGGGCACCAUCUGAUCCCUUGGAUAGCUUCUUGGUGACGUGGAGUUUGGGGUCUUUGAUCGGCAAGACUGAACAGGUGGAUAUGCCAUUCACUCGGGCCAACGGGGUGGCGCGUUUACUUGUCAGUGUUGCUAAUAUUGAAUUCUUGCCGAAUGUGGUGCAUUGGACAUACGAUGGUGUUAUGUAUCAGCUGGACAUUUUGUAUGAGGAUCCUAAUUUGUUCGAUGAGUUUGAGGAUGAUAACCCUAUGGACACGACUGAGGGAGGAGGUGCCUCGGGGAACCAGGAUGAUUCGGCUAUGGGUGAUGAAGACAGGGCCAAUGGUCAGGUUGGUCCGUCUGAGUCUACUAAUAUGGCUCCUGCGAGGUCUUCUGGGGUUGCUCCGACAUCCACUUUGCAGCUUGGGUCCUUGGGACCGUUCUCUGCUCCACCUAGGCUGUGGGGUGUAUUUUCGGGUUCCGUGGAUCCCGUGGCUCCUCUUUGUGCGCCGAUGGUUCUUGAGUUGGGAGAUACCGAGGGGCAGGUGGCCCUUCCCACGACUCCUACCUCGCUGAUGGCUACCGUGGAUGGUACUGCGACUGCGGCUAUGGCUAGUGGUGACGGGCAGGAGGCCCGGUCUCCUGUGAUGCUGACGCCGACGGCGCCCAUGGAGGACUCGGCGCUCUUCCCCACGUCGCCGCGCGCAGGAGGAGGGGUGGCUGUGCAGGAGGCCGCCGUCUCUCUUUGCCCCGUUGCGGUGGUCGGGUCAGGUGAUGCGCUCGUCUCUCCGGCUGCCUCUCCGGAGCACCGUGAGCGGGUCUCCCCGGCCCCUGCUGCCGGCGGGUCGCCCGUGGACAGGCCCGGGGAGCCACUGUUGGGGGAUGGGCAGGAGGCCUUUCCCCUAGCAGAGCUUCUUGCGAGGAGGUCAUCGCCUUUGGCGGUAUCCCGGACCCGGUCUCCCAGGGGAGGCGGGUCAGCGGGAGGCUGUAGGAGCAGCCGAACGUUGAUGACAUGCAGCUGAGGUGUGCUUUGAGAGCAGCCAAGCUGCGCGACGUCAAGACCUCCACUGGUAUGUCGGUUAAUAAGUCGAAUUCCAUUUUACAUUUUACUGAUGUUGAAAUUAUUCAUAAUGCAAAUCAAGUAGGUGUUUCACUUGGUAAAAAUGAUAUUGAGGUUUCUAGGUCGGUUAAUGACAUUCUUGAUUUGGAAGCUGAUCGUGCGGUAGAAAUGAUCCGUCACAUUUCUGCUGUUAAACCU